AUGCGUUCAGCAUCUUCGAACGAUCUGGGAGUGCCACCAGAGCAAGAUCAGGAAGUUAUGUGGAACAGUGAGCGGUUUUUGGAGUUACGAAGAGAAUUUCUUUCUGAUCGAACGGAGUUCAAAGCAUUGGAAAUUCUAAAACGCAUGAUAGCGAUCGACGCUAAUCAAGUGGAUGAAAAUGCAUGGCUGGAGUGUAAGGAUGUGAUCUCAAUGCUAUUAAAUGCUAUCCCAGUGGCUACACUUCUGGAAACUCAACAGAUUAUGUUACUAACUGCAUUGGAAACUUGUCCACCACAUGUUGUUACUGCGCUAGCAUCCCAUCUGACAACUCAUCAUCAAGUUGCUACACCGUUGCUGAACGGAGUCGCACAGGCUGUGUCAGUGGCUUUUGCUAGAAGAAUUAAUGAUCCGGAAACGUAUGAACAGUUGGCGAAGUUACUUGCACCGGUGGCAAGCAACCCACAACUUUUACAAGAACUCGAACAUCAACUGUCGACCACCAAAAGCUCAGAACACCGAUUCAAGGUUUACCAGGUGCUCCUUUGUGCAAUCCAACGAAAUUUGUACACCCCUGCAUUGGCUCCACUGCUGAGGAGGCUGGUGGACGAAUUGUCCUCCGACGACGUGCUGGUGAGGUUGGCGGCAAUGGACGCGUUAUCCGAUGCAGCUAUAGCGUCACCAGCUAGUGCAGCUGUUGUUAACGAGUCAGGAGCGCCGCAAAAGAUCUACGAGUUGUUACAGAGCAGCAAAGAAGCACCAGAUGGAGGCUUCAUUUAUCCUUCAUGCGUGAAAUUCUUUGGAACAUUGAGUCGGGUGUAUCCAGAUAUCAUCAAUGUAUUUCCUUCAUUUGUACCAGCUGUUUUUGAUAUGGUUACGCAUUUCGACCUUGUUGAGGCAUCACAAAGAGCGCUUGCGUUUGAUACUUUUGCGCAAGUCGCCUAUAAAGCAGAAGCGAAACAAAACCUGCAAACUUUGUUAGGUGUUGAAGGCGUUAGGAGAGCGUUGCAAGCUCUAGCGGCCUCCAUAUCCAGUGGACCAAUAGAGUUACGUGUCCGUCACCUCGACGCAAUGGCGACUCUUUUCGAGCAUGGAGAGGACCAAUUGUUGUCGCAAUGGUUCAGCCAUAUGGGCUCACCGAUGCCAACAGUACUGAUGAGCCUGGUACAAAAACCGUUCCCGGACUUGAGAAUGGCAUCAUUACGCACAUUUGCGUCAUUACUUUCGCAUCCGUUUGGUAUUCAAACUUUCCUUGCCGCAUCAGGCUUCUUGGACUGGUUGCUGAAUCCAUCGACUGAACACGAAUGGGAAGCCGGUCGACUAAAAGCUGACAUCAUCCGGGCGCUAAUAGCAAGCAAUUCCCCGUUAAUUGAUGCUCCACUAAAAUUGAGGAUGCAGGCAUAUUUUGUGGCGCCGAAGCGAGAUCCAGAAGUCGAGAUGAUGUUGUGA